AUGCCAGUUUCGCUUCUGUCCCGAAAGGAAGCACGAGUCCAAGACCUAGCACAGCAAUACACUGGAACCUCCGGCGAGAAACUUCUCAUUACACCGGAUCAUUUCAAUGAGAUGUCAUUCCACAAGAAGGUUCAAUUCCGGGAUGGCCAAAUCCGCGAUCUUUCACAAAAGAUCAGAGCCGCCAAAUACGCCGCAUUAAAUCAACCGGAGGCGGCCCAGCAUGAUUCCAGUCAUGAGAAAGUGACUUUAUGA